UAUCAGCAGUCAUUGAGUUGGUGCUGGUGUAUCUCACGACUUUUCUGCGUAUGCUAGCCGUUGUAAAACCAUGAUUGACCAUAGGCACACGGCUUAAGUACGAACUGGUGCUCACAAGCAGGUCGAAGAUGGACAACACAGGUGUUGCUACGUGAUGUGGACAUGUCAACCCGCGGAAGUUAGCUAUGCCAUACAGAUGUUGAUUGUUGUCCAGAUCAUGUUGGUGGCCGGGACAUCAAGCAAACUACUUUGGCCCAAGGCGACAUUGAAGUCAGCCUCGCCGUUAAUUUGGCCAAUCCUGGGUUGGGAUUCAACGGUAUAUGCAAGUGCCAAGAGACCGCGGUUUCAGCCAGGCCAAGGGGGACUUGCAACAUCGUUCAAGCAGCUGAAGGCGAAUCUUCUCCUCUCAGCAAUUGCCGCAUUUACGGAUGUGGUGACUCCAAUGGGCUUGUCAUUUGUACUGAUGCGGCUUGUGGAUGCAACACCCCUUCAAGCAUUUGGCGCUGGAGCGGCGCUGUGUUCAACAAGCAUCGGAACUACCUUUACUAUUCUCUCCACAACCGGCCUGGACAACUCGAGACUAGGAACUGUACUUAGCGGUGCUGCAAUGAUGGAUCAUGUUGCAGGCCUUGUCAUGGUCCAAAUCAUUUCAAACCUGGGCAGUUCCACGACUGGAUCAUUCAGCGCAGUGACCAUUGUCCGCCCAAUUUGUGUGGCUAUUGGCUUUGCUCUUGGGAUUGUUCUUGUCUGCGGCCUCGUGGUUAAACCAGCCGUAAAAAAGCUACGAACAGCAAAUAUGAUCCUGUUGCGCAAAGGCAAAGAUGCCCAGGUCGCGUUCGUUCUGCACAUGGCUACUUUGAUGGUCUUGGUGACUGGAGCGUCAUAUGCGGGUACCUCUGGACUUUUUGCAGCAUAUCUCGCCGGCGCCUGUAUCUCCUGGUUUGAUGACCUCCUCAUUUAUCUCGAAAAGAGCUCGCAACCUUCUAUUGAGAUGAAUCCCCGAGCCUCGAACAGUGGCAUUCAAGCUCAAUCCCAAGGGAGCGGCGCACCGAAUCCAGAUUCAUCCACAAGUCUUGAGAACGAGAAGAAUUCUCGAAUGGCUUCAGGUCAGCAGACUUUCGAUUCGUACUGCAAACAACCUCUUCGUGUUUUUCCAUGCCCUUUCUUUUUCGCCUCGAUUGGCUUUGCUAUUCCGAUAACGCAGAUGUUUCAAGGCCAGGUUGUUUGGCGAGGUAUUGUGUAUACCUUACUUAUGGCACUUGCGAAAAUCGUUACUGGUGUCUGGCUGUUGCCCAUUACAAUCAGCCCAGUAUCCGGCCUGGUGAAGCUGAAACGGGCAGCAAAAGUCCCGAUUGCCUGGUGCACUUCGCGUCGCAAACAAGAACAUGAGAGAAAAGUCCCUGGUCGAAGCAAUACAGGAAAGAAAGCUACCCGCCCAUCCCGCGAGGCCCUUAGUACGCCGACAUCUCAGCAACCAGCAGGGCCUGAAGUCCGCCCUCCAACACUAUCCGAGAACACUGUACCAGGCAAACAGACCCGCUCGUUGUAUCCAGCCUCCAUCGUCGGACUAGCGAUGAUUGCCAGGGGCGAAAUAGGAUAUCUGAUUGCUUCUGUGGCGGAAAAAAGUGGAUUAUUCGCACAGCCGGACAAAGACACCACUAACGGUAAUUCGGAAAUCUACUUGGUGGUUGUAUGGGCAAUUACACUGUGCACUAUCAUUGGUCCGAUCUGUGUUGGAACGCUUGUGAAGCGCGUAAAAGUUUUACAGGCCCAGAGAAGCCGGUCUGGUAGCCUCGAUCCCCUGGGUAUAUGGGGUGUGUCAUAGAGAUGGUAACAUCGCCAUAGAAAACAAGGUCGCUAAAGAGCAGGAAUUUCAAGCCAUUGCUCAGACACACAUCGAAAUCAAAUCUCACACCUUCGUCAUCGAGGGCUUUUCAGCUCCCAUUUCUCUUCUUCGUAACAUGUUUGCUGCCAUUUCGUAUGCCUCGUCUUUCGCCUCGGCCUGGGGUGUGCCUUGAAUGGCUUCCUUGUCCCAUCCGUGGGCACAACCGUCCAUUCUCUUGCAAACAACAUAUUUACCAUCGACGUUGCGGAUAUUUUCUGCCAGUUUCUCUACCUCAAUAGCAAAAGCACAUUGGGCAGCAGUGAUCAUCAAUAUAUUCGGGGGGAAUUUGCUUGGAUCGGCAAAGAAUGGUGACAAUCGAUGAUCCUUGGGAUCAAACCCGGCAAAAUUCAGACAUUUGUGACACAAAUGUGAGAAGGUUGGGAAGAUUUUUCGCAUAAUAAAGUUUGAUCGAUCUACCAGUGGCUUUUGUGGUGUUGGAACAGCCAUGUCAACUGGGGCAUAGAACACCAUGACUGCGCGGAAGACAUCUGGACUAGCUUCCGAUUGGACGAGCGAGGAUGAACAAGACACUGCGAGAGCUAUAUUACCUCCUGCGCUGAAACCCGACAGUGAGAUGCAGGAGGUGUCGAACUGUUCUGGUAAUGAUCGCACCCAUGUCACGACGUCCUCGGCAUCAUUGAAAGCCGAGGGAAAAGGAUGUUCGGGCGCAAGUCGAUACUGUACAUCAAUCACAGUAUAGUCCGUGUUGUCUGAGAUAGAUCGACAAAAUUCAUCGUCAGUGCCAAAAGUACCGAGGACGAAGCCACUCCCGCAAAAGUUGAUCAGGACUGGGCUGGGUUGCUUCUGUUUCUCUUCGACUGAUUUGUAGACGUGGGCUUUGAUGUUCCGGCCAGCAUCCCGCGACGGGAUGAAUAUGGUCUCGUCCGGUUUUGGAUGAAGAUCUAAUCUAUAUCGAACAAGACCUCGCAAGAAAAUCGCAAUCGAUUUGUGAUAAAUAUAGGUUAGACCCAUCGCUUGAACGAGUAGGUGCGGCCGAACCUCUAUUAAGGCAAAUGGUUACCUUCGGCGAACCGGGCUCAAGAAAUGUG